AUGGUCAAUUCGUGUUUGGAUAAAGGCGAGCUCCCUCUCUCACUUCGUCGUGCGGUUAUCACUUUGUUAUUUAAGAAAGAGGAUCCGGAAAAUCUUAAGAACUGGAGGCCGAUAUCGUUAUUAAACGCUGAUUACAAAUUAAUUGCAAAGGUAAUUUCUCAACAUCUUCGUGUAGUUAUGCCGUCUCUAAUUCAUCCUGAUCAAUCUUGUGCUGUGCCUGGCAGAUCAUCGGAAGAUAACGCAACUCUGCUUAGAGACAUUUCAGACUAUGUACAAUCAAACAAUCUUAAAUGUGCUUUCAUUGUUAUUGAUCAAGAAAAGGCUUUCGAUUACGUUGACUGGGGUUUUAUGCACAAGGUACUAACUCGCAUGAAUUUUGGUCCAAUCAUUCGUGGAAUUAUUAAAUGUCUGUAUACGCGUGUCCAAAGUGCUAUUCUUAGUAAUGGAAUUUUGUCUGAGAUCUUUGACGUUCAUAGAGGAGUUCGCCAGAGAUGUCCGUUAUCCCCCUUGCUUUUUGUUCUUGUUUCGGAAUGCUUUGGCCAACUGGUCAGAUCUUGCAGAGAAAUACAAUUUCUUACGUUGCCCGGCGGGCGUGAAUCGAAGAUCAGUCAAUAUGCUGACGAUAACACUUGUUUCGUCACUAACGAUUAUGGCCUUUUGAAAGUGCUUGACGUUUUUGAACAGUAUGGACGUGCGAGUGGCGCUAAAUUGAAUCGAACCAAAUCUAAGGGACUUUGGCUGGGACGGUGGAGACAGCGAUCCGACUCCCCUGGAGGGCUUAUGUGGUCGAAUAGCACUAUCAAAAUCGUUGGAUUUCAUUUUGGGGAUGAGAGUGCUUUUGCAAAAACAUGGGAAGCCGGAAUGGUGAAGUUUUCCAAAGUUUUGACGGACUGGAAGUCGCGUUUCCUGACGCUGUGA